AUGGUCACCAAGGAUAGCAAUUCGCCAGUGAAAAGAGCUGAUGAACAGGGAGAAGGAGGCCCCUUGACAAAGAAGCCAAAACUGGAAAAUGAUGAUGAGAAUUCGAAAAUAGAUGAGACCACUGCGAAACAAAACCUAGAAACUUUGAACUCAUCUCCCAUAGCUGAUGGGUUUGACGAAAUGGAAAAUAAUGAGACACGCCAGGAAGAUUCAAAAUUACCAAACCCUGUAGUUAAUGAUUCUGUCGUAGCGGAUGAAGAAAAGGGAAUUGUUAAAUUUGAAUUUGAUGGUGUUGAGUAUAAAUUUAAGGAAAGGCCGAGCGUCAUUGAGGAGAAGGAGGGAAAUAUAGAGUUCAGAGUAGUCAACAAUGAUAAUACCAAGGAAAAUAUGAUGGUUUUGACAGGUUUGAAGAACAUCUUUCAAAAGCAAUUACCAAAGAUGCCAAAGGAAUAUAUUGCCAGAUUAGUGUAUGACAGAAGUCAUAUUUCAAUGGCAGUCGUUAGGAAGCCAUUGACUGUCGUUGGUGGUAUUACAUACCGUCCCUUUGAUAAACGUCAAUUUGCAGAAAUUGUUUUCUGUGCUAUAAGUUCCACAGAACAAGUUCGAGGAUACGGUGCACAUUUAAUGAAUCAUUUGAAAGAUUAUGUGAGGAACACUUCCAAUAUCAAAUACUUUCUAACAUAUGCUGAUAAUUAUGCCAUUGGUUAUUUCAAGAAGCAAGGGUUCACAAAGGAAAUUUCGUUGGAUAAGAGUAUAUGGAUGGGUUACAUUAAAGACUAUGAAGGUGGUACUCUUAUGCAAUGUUCCAUGUUGCCUAAGAUCCGUUAUUUAGAUGCUGCUAAAAUUUUGUUAUUGCAGGAAGCUGCAUUAAGAAGAAAGAUUAGAACUAUAUCGAAGUCACACGUUGUAAGGCCUGGACUAGAACAUUUUAAAGAUUUAACAAAUAUAACACCAAUUGAUCCAAUGGAAAUUCCCGGGUUAAAAGAAGCAGGCUGGACCCCAGAAAUGGAUGAAUUAGCUCAACGACCUAAACGUGGUCCACAUUAUGUGAUUAUUCAAAAUAUAUUAACUGGAUUACAAAAUCACGCUGCUGCAUGGCCCUUUUUACAACCAGUUAAUAAAGAAGAAGUUCCUGAUUAUUAUGAAUUUAUUAAGGAACCAAUGGAUUUGAGCACAAUGGAGAUGAAACUGGAAAAUAAUAAGUAUCAAAAGAUGGAGGAUUUCAUUUAUGAUGCGAGACUGGUUUUCAAUAAUUGUCGAAAAUAUAAUGGUGAAAACACGUCGUAUUUUAAGUAUGCAAACAGAUUAGAAAAAUACUUCAAUGGCAAGAUAAAGGAAAUACCAGAAUACUCGCAUUUAGUAAACUAG